GAUUCACCCGUUUCACUUGAGAACUAAAAGGAUUUGUAAACAGAAGAGUAUUUUGUGUAAUAUUCCCGUGUUUUCAACUUGAAAUAUGAGUCGAAGACGAAAAGACAGUUCGUCUUCCUCGGAGGACAGUAGCAUCGAUAGCGAGGAAGAGGCCCGCCGACGUGAUAUCCAGGAACGCGAUGAGUUUUCCCAAAGGCUAAAGAAAAAGGAUGAAGGUCGCACCAGGAAAGUCGUGGAAUCUACCAGCAGGAAAGCUUAUGAAGAAGCAGCCAAACGGCUGAAGCUCGAAGCGGACGAUCGUGACAAGUUACUGCCCAAGUUGAGAAUUCAAUCACGUCGACAGUAUCUGGAAAAACGUAAAGAUGAUAAGGUUGCAGAACUCGAAGCGGACAUUCUCGAUGAUGAGUAUCUGUUUGAGGCAUCGGAGAUUACGGAGCGGGAACGGCGGGAUCGGGAGUAUAAACGAAACUUGCUACAAAUUGCCAAGGAACAUGAGAAGGCAAGAGAGUUGGAGCGAGUUCAACGAUACCACAUGCCGAAGGAUAUUAAAAAAGGCGAAAAGGAGGAAUAUGUUGAGGUGGAUGAACGGGAAAAGAUGCCCAACUCGGAACAGAAAAAAUGGGAAGCGGAACAGUUGGCCUCGGCAGUGUAUAAGUUUGGUUCAAAAGACGCAAAACAACAGGAAGAGUAUGAAUUACUGUUGGAUGAUCAGAUUGAUUUUGUACAAGCUUUACGUCUUGAUGGUACCAAACCGAAAGAGGAAAAAGCAUACGUUUCUGAAGCGGAACGGAAGAAAAUGGAUAUCGAAGAAACGAAAAAAUCUCUUCCGGUUUUCCCGUUCAAGGAGGAUCUGAUCGCAGCAGUUAAAGAACAUCAAAUUUUAAUCAUUGAAGGUGAAACUGGUUCCGGAAAGACUACUCAAAUUCCACAAUAUCUUUACGAAGCAGGUUUCACUAAUGACGGGAAGAAGAUUGGGUGCACGCAGCCUCGUCGUGUCGCGGCAAUGUCGGUGGCUGCGCGUGUGGCUCAAGAAAUGUGUGUAAAGCUGGGCAAUGAGGUUGGAUACAGUAUUCGUUUCGAAGAUUGUACUUCUGAAAGGACUGUUAUUAAGUAUAUGACGGAUGGCACAUUGCACAGAGAAUUUUUGUCUGAACCGGAUCUAGGAACAUAUAGUGUUAUGAUAAUCGACGAAGCUCACGAGCGGACGUUACACACGGACAUUCUCUUUGGACUUGUCAAAGAUAUCGUCAGAUUUCGGGUGGAUUUGAAACUGCUUAUCUCCAGUGCCACACUGGAUGCGGAAAAGUUUUCGGAGUUUUUCGAUGAUGCCCCAAUUUUUCGUAUUCCCGGACGAAGGUUUCCGGUAGAUAUUUACUACACCAAAGCACCGGAAGCAGACUAUAUCGAUGCAUGUGUUGUCUCAGUGCUUCAGAUUCAUGCAACUCAACCUCUUGGCGAUAUCCUGGUGUUUCUUACCGGUCAAGAGGAAAUCGAAGCCUGUCAAGAGAUGUUACAGGAUCGUGUUAAGCGGCUUGGUUCAAAAUUGAAAGAACUGUUGAUUCUACCGAUUUAUGCGAAUCUACCCUCGGACAUGCAAGCAAAAAUAUUUGAACCUACUCCUCCCAACGCUCGUAAAGUUGUUCUAGCGACAAACAUUGCCGAGACAUCUCUUACCAUUGAUAACAUAAUUUAUGUGAUCGAUCCGGGCUUCGCGAAGCAGAAUAACUUUAAUUCUCGCACAGGAAUGGAAACUUUAAUGGUGGUCCCAAUCUCGAAGGCAUCGGCUAAUCAACGUGCCGGGCGAGCAGGUCGUGUUGCACCUGGUAAGUGCUUCCGGUUGUACACAGCUUGGGCUUACAAACAUGAGUUGGAAGACAAUACCGUGCCCGAAAUUCAACGAAUCAAUCUGGGCAACGCAGUGUUGAUGUUGAAAGCCUUGGGCAUCAACGACCUGCUACAUUUUGAUUUCCUGGAUCCUCCUCCGCACGAGACGUUGGUACUAGCAUUGGAGCAGCUCUAUGCUUUGGGGGCUCUUAACCAUCAUGGAGAGCUGACUAAACUAGGACGGAGAAUGGCUGAAUUCCCAGUUGAUCCAAUGAUGGCAAAAAUGCUGCUCGCAAGUGAAAAGUACAAAUGUUCCGAAGAGGUGGUAUCGAUUGCUGCCAUGCUUUCGGUGAACGGGGCCAUAUUCUAUCGUCCGAAGGACAAAAUAAUUCACGCUGAUACAGCUCGAAAGAAUUUCAACCACCCGCACGGGGAUCACAUUAGUCUGCUACAGGUGUACAAUCAAUGGGCCGAAACGGAUUUUAGCACUCAAUGGUGUUACGAAAACUUCAUCCAAUUCCGUUCGAUGAAGCGUGCUCGCGACGUUCGGGAACAACUGGUCGGAUUGAUGCAGCGAGUAGAAAUAGAAAUGGUUUCCGGUCUACCGGAAACGACCAACAUCCGGAAGGCGAUAACGGCGGGCUAUUUUUACCACAUUUCACGCCUUUCGAAGGGAGGCAACUACAAAACGGCUAAACACAACCAAGCCGUCAUGAUCCAUCCCAAUUCGGCUCUGUUCGAAGAACUGCCGCGAUGGGUGCUGUACCACGAGCUGGUAUUUACUACGAAGGAGUACAUGCGAUCGAUAAUUGAAAUUGAGAGCAAGUGGUUGCUGGAGGUGGCCCCGCACUAUUACAAACCCAAGGAGCUGGAAGAUUCGACGAACAAAAAAAUGCCGAAAACGGUCGGUCGUGCGACGUUAACAGAGGCGUAGAAGGGGAGGGGUGAAUUGGUUGAUGAUAUGUAACAGUGUGUAUAUAUUCAUU